AUGGAGGAAAAGGACUACUCCACCGAUCCUGAAUGGGCUGAUAUCACCCCAAUUCCCCUGGACGAUGGCUCCAACUCCGGAGCAUCCCCGCUGGCUACCAUUGCCUACCCACCCGAGUAUCUCGAGGUGACAUCGUAUCUGCGCGCCGUGAUGGCUGCAAAUGAAAUGUCCGAGCGGGCGUUGAAGUUGACGGAAGACGUGAUCUCGAUGAACCCGGCUCAUUACACCGUAUGGAUCUACCGAGCCAAGAUCCUUUUCGCGCUCGAAAAGGACCUGGGUGAAGAAUUGGAAUGGCUGAAUCAAGUGUCGCUUAAAUAUCUCAAAAAUUACCAGAUCUGGGGCCACCGUCAAGCCCUCAUGUCCUCACGGACACAUUUCCCCGAACUUCCAGCAAAAGAGCCGGACUUUUUAAUGGAAAUGUUGGCUCAAGACGCAAAGAACUACCAUGUCUGGACAUACCGACACUGGUUAGUACGUCAUUACCGAUUGUGGGACUCGCCACGCGAGCUCGAGGACGUCGAGGCCCUGAUCAAGGCUGACGUGCGCAACAACUCCGCGUGGAACCACCGGUACAUGUUGUGUUUUGGACCGCGUGAGAACGAGCCCGACGCCGGCAUGGUCAAUGCGGGAAACGCGCAGACCACGCCUGCCGAGAAGGGCGUGCAGUCUGUUGUUGAUGAAGACGUUGUUGAUGGAGAGUUGCGUUACACGCAGGAGCAGAUCUUACGGGCGCCUGAGAACCGGAGUCCCUGGUGGUAUGCCCGUGGAGUGUUCCAUGCAGCUAAUAGAAAGCUGGCUGAGUGGGAGGGGUUUGUCUCUCAGUUUGUCUCGGCGGACGGUGACUCUGUCAAGAGCAGCCAUGCUGUUGAGUGGCUGGCUGAUGUGUAUGCCGAGGUUGGAGGGCAGAGUGCCAAGGCAGCGGAUAUGCUUACCCUGCUGAAGGAGAAGUAUGAUCCGAUUCGGAAAAACUACUGGGACUAUCGGAUUCGCCAGCUGGAUGUGGUGUCUGCAUGA